AUGCAAGACAUCACAACAACAUCCACAAUUGAACAGUUGCUUAUUAUAUUUUCUCGAUAUGGACUGCCAGUGGUCUUGACAGCAGAUAAUGGACCCCAAUUCAUUUCUGAGGAAUUCCGCCUAUUUUGUGAAGAACAAGGGAUUAAGCUCGAGAGUACUAUUCCGUACUGGCCCCAAAUGAAUGGGGAGGUAGAGCGUCAGAAUCGCUCUAUUCUCAAACGGCUACGUAUUGCGCAAGAGCUUGGAAAAAAUUGGCGGAAGGAGCUGCGUCAAUAUUUGUUAACCUAUCAUUCUGCGAUACACCCACCAACAGGAAAGUCCCCAUCAGAACUGAUGUUCGGACGGCGGUUACGUACCAAGUUACCCUGUAUUCCUAUGGAGGUUUGCGAAGAUGAAGAAGUCAGAGAUCAGGAUCGAAUCCAAAAAAUGCUGAUCGUAGCAGAAAAGCAAGAUUGA